AUGGCGUCUACAUCCCGUAUCGGACCCCUUGCAUCUCCCGAUUGGGUUCCUACAUCGCCUGGGCCCGUCCCGCCGUCUCCGCCGUACAUUCCUCGAUCUCCCGAGUGGGUUGCUGGAAGUGUGUCUCCGGAAAACUACGUCUACUAUCCUACAUCGCCUGGGCCAGGACCCCAAUCUCCGGCAUACGUUCCUCGAUCUCCAGAGUGGGUAUCUGCCUCGCCGCCUCCGUCAGCCCUCGGUCCCACAUCCCCUCCGCCAGUAUUCCAAUCCCCGGCAUACACACCUAGUUCUCCUCAGUCGGUUUCCAGAGGCACAUCUCCGAGGUACUAUCCUACAUCACCUGGCCCGGUGCCCCCGUCUCCGCCGUACAUCCCCCGUUCUCCUGAGUGGGCGUUCAGAGACACAUCUCCGGAGAACUACUAUCCUACAUCGCCUGGGCCAGGACCCCAAUCUCCGGCCUAUGCCCCUUCAUCUCCUCAGGCGGAUUACAGAGGCUCAUCUCCCGUGAAUUAUUAUCCAACAUCUCCUGGACCCGUGCCUCCAUCCCCGCCAUAUGUCCCUCAAUCUCCCCAGUGGGCAUUUACAUCUCCAACCCCUGUUCCGUUGUCGCCCUCUUCGCCCGCCACCGCCAGCCACUUCGAUGAACAUGAGCGCGAGCUUGACGGCUCUUGGGGCAGUGGCCGCUUCGUCUACAACCGGGCGAGGUGGAUUGUCCCCGAGGAAGAAGAGCAGAGGCAGCGUGGUGAGCACGAGACAACAACCGAGCCUUUUCCCGAGCUUCCGGACUGGGAAGAGGACGAGAGCACAGAGGGAGAAACAGAGGAAGAUGUUCAAGAUGUCAUGGUACAUGAAUCUGCUGCUGCCUUCCCGCAGAAAGAGGAGGGGGGACUACCUGACUACGGAUACUACAAGCAACUUGAUCAAGAGGAGGAAGGAGUUGCAAAGAUGGACGCAGAAGAUACUGCGGCAGAGACUCUCAUGCAGCUCGAGACGCAGCAUUCGGUUGCCGAUCCGUACCCUGACAUCGCCGCUCUCAACUACGAGCCUGCUCAGUCCAACUUUUGCCAAUCCUACCCGUCGUCUGAAAUCGGCAUGCACCAAAGCGUCGAAGAUAAGCACGCCAACUGGAUCUCUUCUUGCUCCUCCUUCCACAGCUCCUCGGCCAUCAACAACCCCGCUUGCCGAGUUUCCCAGAGGCUGAUUGGUUGCGUCAAGGUCCAGAAGAGGGUCGAUAGGAUGAUGUGGAACAAGUUGAUGCAGAAGAAGAUGGUGCGUAUGAUGGAGGUGUGCGAGAAGUAUGUUCCUGCGGAUGUGCUGAAGGGGUUGAAGCGGUAG